CAAUCAUUUCCUCUUUAAAAAAAAAACAUAAAACCUCUUUUUUUUUUCCUUCUCCGCAAAUCAAACACAUAGAGACUUCUUCCCCAAGCUCAAACUUUGUCAACCAUUCCCAUUGACGAUGUCCAUGAAAGGCGUAUCGUCAGCAGGCCCAGAUAAGAUCUUCAAGAAAUCAUCUCACAAGCGCAAUGAUUCAGGCGAACUCGACGUUUUCCAGGCGGCGAGGUAUUUCUCCGGCUACAAUGAACCGCCGGCCGACGAUAGCUACGGGAGUUACACACACAAGCACAACAAUUACACGAGAGAUGAGAACCGGAGGAGAUGGGGAAGAAUCAGCUUGGAUUUGCCGAUUAGAUCCUCUGAACCGGUCCAUCAUCAUCCCCAUCAAGAUCACCAUGUUCUUGAGAAACAUGAAGUUUUCACCAUGAAGGAGAAGAUUUGUAACGUAAAACACAAGCAACCUAGUUCGCCCGGUGGGAAAAUCGCCAGCUUCUUGAACUCUCUUUUCCACCAAUCGGGUUUGAAGAAGAACAAGUUAAAGUCAAAGUCAAAGCCAGCAGCUCAGGCUCGGGAUGAAGAGGAGAGCCCCGGAGGGUGGAGGAGGAGGAGGAGAAGCAGUAUUAGCCAUUUCUUGAUGACCUCAGGAAGAUCUUCAAACACAGUUUCAACGACGACGAAUUCAUCGUCCAAGUCUCUGUUUUCGUCUUCGAGCUCGGGUUUUAGAACUCCCCCUCCUUGCUUGAACACACCCACAAAGAACUACAAAGAGUACAUCAACCAUGUGGAAACCGACAAGAAGAGCAGCAACGACUUGACUUGGUUGGAUGAGAAGCUCAAUCUGAUCGAGACUAUGUCUGAAGGGCAGAGAGUUUGGUCCGAAAAUGAUCGGAGAAAGACAAAUGGCCAAACUGUUUCAAUUGAAGAUGAUGGAGCUGAAAGCGAUUCGAGUUCUGAUCUGUUCGAGUUGCAGAACUAUGAUUUGUCCUACGGAGGUUUGCCAGUUUAUGAGACUACAAAUGUUGAUACGAUCAAGAAGUGUGCGCAUGUUCCCACCACUAGACAUGUGUGAUCAAAGAAUAUAAAAUAGAUCGAGAUCUUGGUAACAUGCACGAACAUAUAUAUAUAUAUAUGAUCCCACUAAUCUUCGGUUUGCUUUUGUUUGAUUGAUUAAGAUGCUUGUAUGUGUUAUCUCAUAGUUAUGAUCGAGUUUUGUUCUUCGAGAUCUUGGAUUUGGUGGUUGUGUAUUUAUCUUCUUUUUUGUUUUAAUGAGAUUUGAGGUUACUGUUGAUAAAUACAUUAAAUAUUUGCGGUUU